AUGGGACUAGCGAGGCUGCUGCUGCCGCUGCUCGCCGCUUGGCCCCAGCAGCAGCCGUGGGAGCCGCACAACUUCAGCUUUGUACAAAGCAUUUUGGAGAGAGCCGCUGGGCAACAGCGUUGGACGAACACGCCCAUCUUCCUGAGUCGCCAUGUGCAGCAGGGGCGGGUGAAUCAUCUGAUCAAUUGGCUGCACAACAACCUGAGCUGCGCCAGCUAUGUGUUCGACGGCACCCAGGAGCAGCCGGAUACAUAUAAUCCGCUGCGGAAUCACAUCAAGAACGAUGCAUUGAGCCUGCUCUUCUGCCACAGUAGCGAGGAGCUCAUCUGGGGCCAUCUGGACGAGCGCCUGCGAAAGCUGCGUCAGACUCGGCUCGUAGUGUGCCUGGCGGCACAGCGCGGCGAACCGGCGUUGCGCGACAUAUUCACCAAGCUGUGGAGUCUGCAGUUUAUGCAUGCCCUGGUGCUGCACCGGCAGCACGUCUAUGCCUACACUCCGUAUCCGAGGCUGAGCUAUUACCGACUGAGGUCGGAGGUCGCUUCACUCUUUCCAGCUCUACCGCAUGAUUUGCGCAACUAUGUGGUAUCCACGCCGGCGGAGAAUGAUUUGCCGCGCGUGUUUCUGAUGCGGGAUCCGCGCACGGGCGCACAGCUGAUACGCGGCUUUGGCUAUCGCAUCCUGGCCGAGUUCCUGCACCGACACAAUGCCCGGCUGCAUGUGAGCAAUGCUGGUCAGGCUUUGCCCCUGGGCAGCAGCGUCAACAUGAGCCGCAUCACGCGGCUAAUUGGCGAACAACAACUGGAGAUCUCCAUGCAUCCCUAUGUGGGCAUCGAUCGCAAGCUAGGCAUACUCAGCUACCCGCUGCACAUAGCCCAGAAUUGCCUCAUCGUGCCCGUGCGCAACGAGAUACCACGCUUUAUGUAUCUGCUGCGUCCAUUUCACUGGAGCAGCUGGCUGCUGUUACUCUUCGCCGUGCUGUACAUCACCCUGGCGCUAUAUUGGCUCAGUCCGGCGGUGAGUGGACGUCGUGGCCCGAGGGCCAUGCACAGCCUGCUGGAGGCCAUCUGCCAGCUGUUGUUCCUGAGCACGCCGGGCCGCAUUUAUGCGCCCUCCGUUCGUUACUUUCUGGUGGCACUGCAGCUGUCCGUCCUGGGCUUCUUUGUGACCAACUGGUAUGGCAAUCAGCUGAGCAGCUUUCUGACGGCCACCCUGGUGGGCGAGCAGGUCGACACCUUUGAGCAGCUAAUCGCACAGCAGCAGCGCAUUUUGACCAAACAUCACGAGGUGCCCAUGCUGCUGCAGCAGGUGCCGCCGCAUCUCGUCGAGCAGGUGGCACGUCUGGUUGUUAGCGCCGAGGCCGGCGAACAGGUGCGCGCUCUGCUCAGCUUUAAUACCAGCUACUCGUAUCCCUUCACCGUCGAGCGCUGGGAGUUCUUUGCCCUCCAGCAGCAGUACGCCAUGAAGCCCAUCUAUCGCUUUUCCUCGGUCUGCCUGGGUGCGCCGGUUAUUGGCUAUCCCAUGCGCAAGGAUUCGCAUCUGGAAUCGCCGCUGAAGCACUUCAUAAUGCGCAUACAGAGCAUCGGGCUCUUUCAGCAUUGGGUCGUCUCCGACUUCAAUGAUGCCCUGAAGGCGGGCUAUGUGCAUCUCAUAGACAAUUCGUUCGGCUUUAAGGCCCUCGAUCUGGACACCCUGCGCCUCGGCUGGUACGUCCUGCUCUGCGGCUGGCUGCUGGCCGCUGUGGUUUUCGCUUGCGAGCACCGCACCGCCUGCCAUUGA